AUGCCUUCGCUGCCAAGCUUGGACAAAUGUCCCUCUCUGUACGGCACCUACCGGACCACUCUGAGUCCCACCUUCCUCGCCAAAGCCAAGGAUGAACUACACGAAAACGCAUCAACCCGCGAUCCUUCGUUGGCGCAGAUGCGGGAAUUCAUCGCCAAGCACCCGCAAAUACAACGGUGCCGAACGGAUGCUUCGUUUCUGUUGCGAUUUCUCCGGGCCCGAAAGUUCAAUGUGAUUGCCGCGUGUGAAAUGCUUGAAAACUAUCUGACCUGUUUCGACCGGUGGCCCCAGUGCUUCCGAAUCAGUGAUUCCGUUGAUCUGUACCGUAAGUUGAUUGAUGGGGCGUUUCUUGUACCAUUGGGUUAUGCCGCCGAAGGGCAGUUUGUCAUGCUCUACCGCCCGGCGGGAAUCGAGCUCAGUUGGAUGAAGCCGGAGCACGUGUUCAAGCUGGGAUCGGCGUUGAUUGAGUGCUACUUGGAAGAGGAGCAGUUCCAGGUGUGUGGGCUGGAAAUUAUUUGUGACUUUCAGGAAGCGACCCUGACCUAUUUCGGUUUGUGGACUGUGAUGGACUUGAAACUGCUGAUGGAUUCCACCACCGGAGCAAUGCCUCUCCGGACGAAGCGAGUUCAUAUUUGUGGGCUACCGAGGUUCGGGACGGCCGUGAUCACUACCUGUCUGGCGAUGGCACCGCUAAAGCAUCAGCAGAAAGUUAAGGGUUGA